AGUCGCAGCUGCGGUGCAGUCCCAUUUCCGAGCGUGGCCCUCCCGAGUCCUUCCCGAGCCGGCGCGCUGCUGCACUCUAGUGCCUGCUUACCGCGGCCUCCACCCCGACCCGGUCCUCCCGCCCGCUCCCAAGCAACGCGGGCCUCCCCCUGCCCUGCAGGUCCCGUCCCACGCGGUGCAUCCCCGGCCGGAGUGGCGAUGCGCCUCAUUCAGAACAUGUGCACCAUCGCCGAAUACCCAGCACCGGCCAGCGCCGCCGCCGCAGAUUGCUGCCUGGGGGCGGCGGGACGCCGCCUCGUCAAGAUCGCCGUGGUGGGCGCCAGCGGCGUGGGCAAAACCGCUCUGGUGGUCCGGUUCCUCACCAAACGAUUCAUUGGUGACUAUGAAAGAAAUGCAGGUAAUCUCUAUACCAGACAAGUCCAAAUAGAAGGUGAAACCCUGGCUAUUCAGGUUCAAGACACACCAGGUAUUCAGGUCUGCGAGAAAGGCCUGAGCUGUAGUGAGCUGUUGAAUAGGUGCAUCCGCUGGGCUGAUGCUGUGGUGAUCGUUUUCUCCAUCACUGACUACAAGAGCUAUGAACUCAUUGGCCAGCUCCACCAGCAUGUCCAGCAGCUACACCUGGGCACCCGACUGCCCGUGGUGGUCGUGGCCAACAAAGCUGACCUGCUGCAUGUCAAGCAGGUGGACCCUCAGCUUGGACUGCAGCUGGCCAGUGUGCUGGGCUGCUCGUUCUAUGAAGUGUCCGUCAGUGAAAAUUACAAUGACGUCUACAAUGCUUUCCAUAUCCUGUGCAAAGAAGUGAGUCAUAAGCAGCAGCCCAGCAGCACGCCAGAGAAGCGGAGAACCUCCCUCAUCCCCAGGCCCAAGUCACCCAACAUGCAGGACCUGAAAAGGAGGUUCAAGCAAGCCCUCUCUGCCAAAGUGAGGACUGUCACCUCCGUCUGAAGCAGAGGCACUCCAGGGGGUUGGGUCUUCCUGGGAGAGGGCUGGAGGUUCUUCUAGUGCAGGAACGUUGAAUGCUGGUAGUAAGUCUUGGUUCCAGAAGGGCUGGAGCAGAGAGGCCAGGAGGGCCUAUGUUACUGCAGCAGAAAAGGAAGCGUUCUGAGCAGGCAGACAGAAUUGAUGAGGCUUGAAUGAAUCUGCUGAGCUACUCUGAAUAUGUGAAAUGUACUCCCCAUCUUUUCUUUUGGUGGGGAGGGGCAUCAUCGCUUUGGAUUUUGUCCUUAACCACCUUGUAAAUGAUGUCCAGUUGUAGUUUCACUGAAUAUAUUGAUGUGAUUUACAGUGGGAAUGAAAGAACAGAUUAAGCACUCAUGGGCUUUCCUUUUUAUUUUUUCUUUCCUUUUUUUUUCCUCCCAAGUAGACUACUUGCUUUUCUUUUACCAGUAUGAUUUACGUCUCUGGAACACUCUUCCUUAUAGAAUGCCUUUCUAACCUGAAGGAUACCUAGAUUUCUCUUUAAAAGAACAAGGAAGAAAAUACUACUCUGACCCCCCUAAAAAGGGUGGAAUUCAUGGGCCAAAUGUUAUGUAGAGCAACAUCGGUACGCUUCUACGGCCUGCAGGAAGGCGCUGCUUCCUCCUGACACAGGAUAACGGUGCCUAGCUGGGCAUGUGUUGAGUGGUUGAGAAUUCAAACUCUUCAGCCCCAGACUUUGAGUAAUUGUGAGACUGUAUAAUUUUUUUUAAAACUGUUGCAUCAAGGUACAGAAGAAAAAAAGGUGUCCAUUGAUUUGUGUAAAUGGCUCACAGCAAUGACGUUGGGCUGGUUCCUGAAGCCUGGCCGAGUUCUGGCUUAAAUACAAAAAUACCGUCUCAGAGCGAGUGAAUAGAUGCAGGGGCCACCGCCAAAUCCCCUUCACAGAUGCACUUUAAAAAGCCACUCAUGCUUUGGCUUAAACUGUAAUUAAUUUAUUUUAUGUACAAUAAACCUCAUUUUUAAAGAGCA